CGGGCCGGUGCGCAGUCCCGCCUGGGACUUUAAAGCGCCAUUUUGUGCCGGGCGGUAGGCUAUCGAUCGUCGCUCCCCACUGGGCGGGAGGGCGCCAGGGUGCGCAUCUUUUACCCCGCCCGCCUCGUCCCUCUGGCUCCAUGACCCGCAGUAGGAAGCAGGCGGCGCUGGAGAGAGGAGCCGGAAAGAUGAACCAAGAGACGGGGAGCGCCGCUGCGGGUGCGGGAGACCAGGCGGUGUCGGCGGAGACAGCCGACGGGGGAGCUGCGCCCGCUGCGUGGGGGCUGGAAGGGGGGGCAGAGAAAGUUGUGUACUCGCGUUCACAGGUCUCCUUCUCCGGCACCAAGGCGUUGGGCGACGCCCUCAAGCUCUUCAUGCCCAAGUCCACGGAGUUCAUGAGUUCCGACUCGGAGCUCUGGAACUUCCUGUGCAGCCUCAAGCACGAGUUCUCCCCGGUCAUCCUCCGCAGCAAGGACGUCUACGGAUACGCCUCCUGCCGAGCCGUCGUCCCCGACCCGCCGCCGCCCUCGGCGGAGCGACCCCGCCGCCGCGUCGGCAAGCGGCGCCUCCCAGCCGCGGACGCCAAGCGCCGGGCAGCGACGGCCGGUGGCAGCUCCAAGCGGCGACGGCGGCGGCGGCGCCGCAGGAGGGUACGGGAGAGGCAGCGGCAAGAGAGGGCACCGGUAGCCGUUGACCCCUGCGUUGGUGGGGAGGAGGCGGCGGCGUUGGCGUUGUGCCCGCCGGACGGGGAGGCGGACAGCGAGCGGGACAGCCCGGCCGGGGGCGCCGCUUGGGAGCCCUUCGGCGGCAAGUCGCUGGAGGAGAUCUGGAAGGCGGCCACCCCCAGCCUCACCACCUUCCCCUCCAUCCGGGUGCGGGGCAGCGUCUGGAACCGCCGGAUCCUGGCGGCGGCUCAGCGCCGAGCGCAGCGGAUCCUCGGCGUGGACCUGUCUCCAGUGGUGCGGGUGCGCCGCUUCCCCGUGGCGCCGUCCUGAGGCCGCGGGUGGGUUGGGGUUGGGGGGGGGGGUGCUGUCCGGCUCCUCACCUUCCCCGCGGUGCGGAUAAAGAGACCGAUAUCAGUCACCUGUUUACAUUGCUUUUGUCUGGAUCGUGUUCCGCUGCUGCACUUUAGGGCCCGCUCUGGCAGGGGCCGGACCCCCAGUCUCACGGGGGGCGGCUUGCCGGGCCGCGCAGCCAGGGCCCGGGCCUGGGCCUCGGCCCGUCCCCGCCGGGGCUCGGGGAGAUGCAAGGGACCCUCCGGCAGGUAUCACGCGUGGGGACCAAGUUCCACUUCCACUUUCUUUCUCUCCCAUUGGGCUACCUCACUGGUCCAGAAGUCCACCCAAGAAGUUAUUUUCCAAAGGAACUUACGUUCAUGCUUGUAUAAUAUAGCACCAUCUGAUUUUUGCUAAUUUUCCCCCACCUUUCCGGUUCUCCCUUUUCCGACGGAUUAUGUAUGCUUUGUGGUGUUGCACUAGUAUGUGCUCAGGGUAUUUUGAAUCCCAAGCAUUCCCAACUUUAGGUUUACUCUGGUCAAGGAUGCAUAAAGAAUGGAGGUUCAGGACUUGUGGCUAUUCUUGAUGGUGCAAAAAAACUUUAAUUUCAUGGGCUUAGUGAUAUAUCAAGUUGUAUCGCGCAGUAUAAUUGUUACACUUUUGUAUCUAAAGUCAUUUUUAAAGUUUUCUAGUUGAACCAAGUAUUUGUUUCUAUUGAGCACCUAAGGAUAGAAUCAUUCUGAUAUUUUAUAACCCUGUUUACUUUAGGGAAGCUCAUUUGGUCAACCUAAGUGAACUAAAUAAAAGUUGAAGAACA